CAAGCAUAACUAGCCGAGUAAAAGUAGGCGAGUACACACACACAGGGAAAAUGUGUAAAAGCACAAUGUUUUCCAUUAGGAUAUUGAGAACGAUCUAAUUCAAUUUGAAAACAAAAAAGCCACAUGCUAAAAGUUUAACAAAUUUACAUUUUUAAACGUAAUAUUUUUUUUUACUUUUCAGAUCACCAGGAGGGAGAGAGAGAAAGACUAUUUACCCACUUUUAUAAGUCAGUGAGCAAGUGUGAAGUUGCAUGAAACAUAUUUUCUCAUACAUGAAACGCUUAUCAGAUAUGUCUUCCAAGAGCCACUAAUUUUACGGAAAUGUAAACAAACGGAACACAAAUAAAAGUGUAUACAAUGCAACAUUGAAACAGACAAGUGAAACAGUUGAACAUAUCACAAACUUUCAUGCCAUUUGACACUAAAAUAUGUGAUAAUCAUUUCUCUACACGAAAACAUAUUAUAUCUGUCAAUAACUCGAAUCUAUGCCGUUUUCCGUUUGGUCUUCAAAUAAAUUGCAAUCCAGCAGAAGGCGCCGGAUGUGUUUCCAUAAAGCUGGCACAUACUGUAUCAAAGUGAACUCGGCCCAAUGAAGCUACACGUAGGUGUUGUAUAAGGGAAGGUACUCAAAGAGCCGACGUGCAGAACGCUUGUGUCCGACACCGUGAGACAGAGACGUCUUCUUGCGCCAGCCAUUCGUCGUACACAGUGCCAACACGACCUACAAAGUGCCAACACGACGUAUGGAGCAACGUACGUAAGUGCCAUAGAUACGUACAGUGUGUUCAGUCGACAUACGCAACGAUGCACGCAUAAUUAAUAAGUGAUGAACAUCAAUGCCACUAACUCACUCGUUAGAUAAUGAAGUGCAUAUCGGAGGCUGUGUCUGACAGAUGAAUGGGGAUGCCGCCGUGCUGAGUGACCCUUAAAACUCCGUGCCAAGGGAACGUACAUGAUAUUGGCGCAGGUGGCUAUCACGAGAUUGAAUAGCACUUUACCAGGGCGAAAAGUGCUAUCCACUUUCAUAACUGAACGUUAACAGAUCUUACUGCUGCGUAUUGUGGCGACUCGUAUUGAAAGAAAAUGCGCACCUUUCAUUCCCUGUUUACCUUCUAUUAAUAUACUUUUUUAUUAUUAUUUUUAUUGGGAUUAGAUCUUAGACGAAGUGUAACAUCAGACUACAUUCUUAAGGCACUGCCAAGAUGUCUCAGUAUAAAAGAAGUUUGACUAAGGAUUGCAAUGACGUCUGCUCUGCGUUUCAUUGGGACAGUCUCUUCACCUAAUAUCAAUUUAAAAGACACAAUGACACACACUUGGUGAUUCGUCCGGGUACUUUUACACAAAGUAUCUCGAGGGCAAAGAAAGAGAGAGAUACAGACUCGGAUCAAAUUUCGGUACUGUGUACUGUUACCCAAAUGGACACGAAGUCUUACAUGCAGCCUUACACAGGACACACAGACUGUAGAUGACAUGCCCCCGUGGCCUCUACAAUGAGGAGCACUCCGGCGGGUGGUGUGUACAUUUCGGGGUGUGAAGACGGCUCCUGAUCAUCCGGACGAGUGUGAAUACGGCUCCUGAUCAUCCGGACGAGUGUGAAUACGGCUCCUUAUUAUCCGGACGAGUGUGAAGACGGCCGCUGAUCAUCCGGAAGAGUGUGGCCCUCACUGCACGUCGAGGACUGAGCGUGGACGUCUCCUAGGAUGGUGACUCUUCACCCGUCAUAUGAUGAGUAUACUCCAGUCUUAUAGCGGACUUCGUCAGUCUGGUAGGACAUUAAAAAUACAGGCGCUAGUGUGGGUGUGUUUGGGUGUUUGGGUGGCAAGUGGUGCAGGUGGCGAGUGCCCAAAAGUGUGCGAGUGCAAGUGGAAAGACGGAAAGGAGACUGUAGCCUGCAUCGGCGCGGAAUUCAUCGAUAUCCCACGCAAUCUUGACCCGUCCACACAGGUGUUAGACCUGAAGCACAAUAACCUGCAGAUCCUGCCUCGCGACGCCUUCGUCGACACCGGCCUGGUCAACCUGCAGAAGCUCUGGCUCAACUACUGCAACCUCAAGCACAUGGAUCGAGGCGCCUUCAACAUGCUGGCCAACCUCGUGGAGUUGGACCUGAGCCACAAUCUCCUGCGGUCGGUGCCUACCGCUGCACUCAUCGAUAUCUCGGGUCUGCGGGAGCUUCGUCUCGCCAGUAACGCUCUCACUAUCAUCCCUGCUGAUGCUUUUGCUCCCGUGCCAGAUCUCGUACACUUGGACCUCUCACACAACCGAAUACACAGCGUUGACCCGAAGGCUUUUCGAUGUCUUUCCAUGUUGGAAAUUUUAAAGUUUUCCAGCAACAUGUUAGUUCAUUUAUUCCAUGAGUUCCUCAUACCACUAAAAGCACUUCAUGGGCUCAACCUCAACGAAAAUCCCUGGAACUGUAAUUGUAGUCUUCGGCCGUUGCGCCAGUGGAUGCUGAAUCAUAAAAUUUCCAGUGUUGUACCACCCAUUUGCGCUCGACCUAAGCGCCUCAACACGCGAAGCUGGCAAACAAUGACCCUGGACGAGUUUGUGUGUAUGCCCCAAAUCACUGCCAUCACUCUGAGGGUCCUCGCCUCUCGUGGCGACAACGUGUCUCUCGUCUGUCGUGUUGAGAAGGACUUCGAAGUCUCCAUCACAUGGCUUCAUGGAGACCGGUUUCUGAAGAACACGAAUGAAGCAAGGCGCUAUCGCGUAUUGGAUAUGGUCGCCUCAAACAAUUCAAUGCUCAUAUCGAACUUGACCAUUAUGGGAGUCGCGCCGAGAGACCAAGGGACCUACAAAUGCAUAGCGGAAAACAAGGCUGGCCGUAGCGAAUCCAGCCUGAUCUUGAAAGUAACGAACGAUAUUACCGAGGUAAAGCUGGUGUCAAUUGACAAAGCGUAUAUGACAGGUGGUCUUUUGAGCGGAUUAGGUCUGUUGGUGAUGAUCCUCCUACUUGUGAGUUGCAUUAUUCACCGUCGGCAGAGAGUCCAGAGGUUUCGACGCCAAGAGGAAGACCGAGAAGGGAGGGUCGUGCAGGGAAGCACUGCUUCGAGCAAGCAAACAGGACCAAUCUCAAAGAUGCAACGGAAACCAUCAGACUAUCAUGUUAUUCCAUCCGGUGAUUCGGAGGCUCAGCCAAUACAUCCGGUGAAAACACGCGAGUCGUGGAUGCCUCGGGAAGUCGUCAACGGGGGAUAUCCUCGCGCCAGUUACUUAGAAAAUGGCAGGUACGACGAUUCAAGCCUGGAGAGAUAUCGAGAUGCAGUACUAGACGACCUCAGAGAGCAACAGGUGUCUCCGAGUUCCAUAUCCUACGUCGAUCUUGCCCCACCUGCUCCUCCACCACCACCACCUCCUCCUACGGAGAUUUCUAGAAGGCGCAGUGAUCUUGGUGAAAAGGAGAGCCUUAAGAACCUAGAGUUCGAAACGGACAUACUUCGGCGGGAGUGUAGUCCCACUGGAUCUACGGUGUCGGUAGUGAGCAACGGCCAGCUCACAGAUAUCCUCAAUCUGCCGUACUCACGUCGACGUGAUCACCAGAGCUUCCAGGCGGUCGACUUCAACACCAUCGCCAAAAAACACCGUCCUAUGUUUUAUGACGAGAGAAGCCGAGAGCGUGUGACCUAUGAUCCGUGUUCUCUAAACGGCAGAUGUUACAGCGCCCUCAACCUGGCGAUGAGCGAGGCGGCCUCACACGCCUUCUGCUACCCCAGGGGAAGGCAUGCGUCUACCAGGUACCCUUCCCUGCCCUCCACGCCCAUGCUAGACCCAGACAAUCGUCUCGCCCACGUCCACGACGCCCGCAGGCUCAGGAGGCUCAUGGCCGCCAAUAGAGGGGUGUAUCGCUCUCUGGAAGGUACCGGCGACUUGUCCAGCUGCUACCGGUACCAGUACCACGCCGCGCAGCUGGAGAACUACCUGAAGGAGUACCGUAACCUACAGAAGCGGCUCUACAGGAUGAAGGAGUCCCGGGACCCCGUCCACAGGGGAGGAUCAUCUUCCAGGCUGACAGCUUUCACGGACAGCCUUGACAGUUCUGGAAAAGUUCUGAGUGAUCUCGCUGGGAGCCUGUCCCAUGACGUCAGCAGUAGUCUGACGCGAGAUAUCGCCAGUAGUUUCGCUCGCGACAUCGCAAGCAGCUUGAACCGGGACAUCGCUGGAAGCCUCUCUCGCACCGGUAGCCUGAACCGUGACGUCACCGGCAGCUUGAGUCGCGUUGGCAGCCUCACCCGAGACGUCACGGCAGGCUUGAGCCGCGCCGGCAGCCUCACCCGAGACGUCACGGCCGGCUUGGGCCGCGCUGACAGCCUCACCCGUGACGUCGCCGGUGUCAGUCUGUUCCCAGGCGCUCCUAGCUCCGCCUCGCCUCCCUCUCCGUACCGCGACAGGGAGCUGGGACUGCCUCGCCGCCGCGCCAGGGCCGCUACGGAACCCCUACUGGAAGUAGCGCAUCCUGGCGUCCUAGCCCACAGGAAAUCCAGUCUGGGCCUCAUCUCAGGAGCCACGCUAGGACACUCCGAUGCUGUCAGAGAAGUUCUGAAGGGAAGAACUCGAGGCCCCUCAGAUUCCGUUAUCGACGCUAUGCACAGUCGUUCCGUAGCGGAAUCCGAAUCUAUGAUAGAUGCUAUGCAAAGUCGGGCGUUGGGGGGACCGGAGGGUGUGAGAGACGCGAUUCAGAGUCGGGGCAUGGGUCCCACAGAGAGUAUGCUGGGCCCCUCGGGGGAUGUUAUGGUAGAUAUGACCUCGGGGGACUCCCUGCGUCCCUCGGAGCCCCUCAGGUCGAUCUUAAAGAACCGGUACGAGGGUGGGGGACUUCUCUACCAGGGGAAGUACUCGAACAGUGCCUACUACGACGACGACGACGACGACGAGGGGCCGACCUACAGCCCUGCGGAGUAUAAAGACUACCUCGAUCACGGCUCCUGAGUUAUCUCCUCCUCCUCCUCCUCCACGCUCUAGCUAUUAUGGAUAAACAUUAGGAGUAAUCUUUUUUAUAUUUGCCGACUGCUCUUGUUGUCUGUUGUUGUCUGUUGUUGAAGAUAGAAUGCCUUCUCGAGCCAAAAGCUGUCGUUUUCUAGCCCCUCCCCCUCUCUCUCUCUCCCCCACUACUUCUCCCCAGUUGUGUGUCGUCUGCCUCCCAUGGUGCUACGGUGGGACAUUGGAGCUCUUUCUCACCUAACUUGUUCUCAUUUCCACUUUGAUAUCACUGAAUAUACUACCUCUGUUUCUCCUUGUUGGUAUUUUAUCGUUGCUUCCUUGUAAUAAUACAACAGAAGGCUGUACUACCAUUAUACACUAGUGGGUGUAGUGCCAUAGUACACCAUUGGCUUUUUGGGCCAAAAUACAGCCUUCUGUACCUUUAUUUAAUUUUAAUUGAUAAUAAAAAACGGAAAAAAAUUUGAAGGACUUUAUUAUUUUCAAGUUAAUAAUUUUAUUGAAAAAUCCGUCGUUUUAUUAAGUGUUGGUUUAUUAUAUAUAUAAACUACACAGAUUAGUAUUCAUAUAUAGUAACUCAUACUAUGAAGUAAAACUAUUUGACUGAUGAGUUGUGAGGGAUUUACUGUCAAAGGUUAUUCAUUGCUGAGGUUAUGUAUACGAGGAUGAAAGAGGUGAGGCAGCAUAGUAAGGUUUUUUACACACACACACACACACACCACACACACACACAUACCACACACACACACACAUACCACACACACACACA